AUGAAAAUAGUGGACUUGAUUCAUGUGCUUCCAAAAGGAAGUACAUAUUACUCGUUUGAGUAUUUUCCUCCAAAGACGACAGUGGGAUUGGAAAACUUGAUGAGUCGUAUUACAAGAAUGUCGAAUAACAUGCUUCCUCUAUUUUCUAGUGUUACAUGGGGAACGGCCGGUAGUACAGCGAACGUUUCUGUGUUGUUGUCGAAAUUGCUUGAAAACCAGCACAAAGUACCGGCUUGUUUGCAUUUAACUUGCACAAAUGUGGACCGAAAAGUAAUUGAUGAGGCACUAGAAACAGCCAAGAAUGCAGGAAUCCGCAACAUCUUGGCUUUGCGCGGAGACCCACCUUUGAAUGGCGAUCAUUGGGAGGGAAAGUUGAGUGAUUUUGAACAUGCAGUUGAUUUAGUACGCUAUAUUCGUCAAAAAUAUGGUGAUUAUUUUUGCAUUGGCGUCGCAGCAUAUCCUGAAGGACAUGCAGAUUCGAAUGUUCCGGAAUUAACUCGCGAUCCCGUUCAUGAUAUUCCUUUCCUUGUUGAAAAGGUGAAGGCGGGUGCAGACUUUAUUAUGACCCAAAUUUUUUAUGAACCUAAUGUAUUUAUUGAAUUUGAAAAGACACUGAGAAAUCAUGAGUCGGGCGUAUUUCGUGAUAUUACAAUCAUUCCUGCCGUUAUGCCAAUCCAAUCUUUUUCCAUUCUUAAGAGAAUGACUCGUCUCUGUGGCUGCAGUAUCCCUGAAUCAUUGAUGAAACGUUUAGAAGCUGUCAAAUCUGACGACGAAGCCGUCAAAUCCAUAGGUGUUGAGCACGCCGUGGAAAUGAUAAACAUAAUUCUACAAAAUACAGACCACCGUGUCCUUGGCUUUCAUUUUUGCACUCUCAAUUUGGAGAAAUCAGUAGCCCGAAUCCUCAAGAAUAGCUCGUUGUUGACUCAUCGUUGGGAACAAUACGAAUCUCAGCUUAAAGACGACAAAACCUUAAAAAGCACCCGUAGGCGUCUUAGUCUGGAAGAAACUCCAGAGCUUCAUAAUCAUGUCGUUAUUCCUCCUGAUGAUUCGCUAAAAGGAAUUUCUGCAUCUCUUCGUAAUCAACCCAACGAAGCUGCGCUCGCUACCCACAGGGACAGUCUUACAGCCGAUGCCCCCUUCUCCGUUUCUGAAGGAAGUGGUGUUUUGGGAAGACAAGCAAAUUGGGAUGACUUCCCCAACGGUCGUUUCGGUGAUCCUAGGUCUCCAGCUUAUGGUGAGAUUGAUGGUUAUGGUCCUACCUUGCAUUUUCCACAACAAGAAGCCCUUCGUCUUUGGGGAUAUCCCGUGGACGAAUCCGACAUUACCUCUUUAUUCCAGAGGCACAUCAAGAACGACAUCCAUGCUAUUCCAUGGAUUGAUGAAACCGUUGAUGACGAAACAAAAUUGAUCUCGCAACAUCUUCUCAACGUCAACGGCCGUACUUGGUGGACAGUAGGUAGUCAGCCUACUGUUAACGGUGCUCCUUCUACGGACCCUGUUUUUGGUUGGGGUCCAAAAGGCGGAAAAGUUUAUCAAAAGGCAUUUAUUGAAUUUUUUAUAAGUUCAAAGGAUUUCGAAAGCUUUGUCAAGAAGUGGCAUGAUAAUGAACAAAUUACUUAUUAUGCUGGAAAUAAGAAGGGCGACUUUCUUACCAAUGCACCAAAUGAUGGGGCCAGCGCCGUCACCUGGGGUGUCUAUCCAGGAAGAGAAAUUAUUCAAUCUACUAUUAUCGCUGAAGUUUCUUUCAAGGCUUGGAUGAAUGAAGCUUUUGAUGUAUGGGCUGAAUGGGCUUAUUUAUAUCCUAAAAAUACAGCAACGAGAAAUUUGCUAGACCAUUGUACGAACGACAGAUGGCUCGUAUCCGUUAUACACCAUGAUUAUAUGGAUAAUGACGGUCUUUGGAAGGCGCUUGAAGUAGCUUGA